AAAACCCAAGUUGAACGUGCUCAAAGAAAUAAAGAAGAAGAAAAUAGGGAAUCAUCAGUCGAAGAUUUAUAUAAAAACUUAAAUAAAUACGCCAACCAUUGGAUUACAAUUGGAUUAAAAAUAUUCUAUUGGUUAUUACAUCUAGUAUUUAACAUAGAUAGCAUAAAUGCUGAUCUUGUAACUCCUCUUGAAAUAUAUAGAUGGUAUUAUACUAUACUACAUUCAAAAUAUUUAUGGGUUAAUAUAGCUAUGACCUUUUCAAAAUUUAGUAUUUUGAAUGCCAUUAGCAAUCGAUUAAAUAAUUGGCUCAGUGAUGGUAAACUUGCGUUUUGGCGCAAAAUAAAAACUAAAAUGAAGAAAAGGAAGAAAAUAGUAAUCGGAUACAUGAUAGUCUUGAAACCAAUAUCAGAAAGUAUAGCAGCUCGCAAAGGAAACGAAUAUGUAUCGACGAUUCAAGAUUUACACGAAGAAACGCAAUCCUCCCCGCACGAAUUAAACCUUGGGCACUUGACCAGAGAACCCACUGGAAAAGUAAUAAUCAAAGAAGACAUGGAAUCAACAUAUGUAAAAUAUCUCGGAGAUAUGUUCGACAAAAUCAACACUGUGCAACAGACAGCAAGAGAAAACUCGAUAACGUCCAAGAUGAAGCCAGAAGAGUAUUACUACAGACGAAUCAACUCGCAAAAUUCCAAAGUAGGAUAUCUAGUAUACCCAAUAAAGGAACCUAGUAAAGGAAAAUUUCCUUGUCAAUAUAAAGGACCGCAUAAAGUGUUAGAAAUUUUGCAAAAUCAAAACGUUAAGAUCGAAGUAAAAGGAGUCCCGCGAACAGUGCAUUUGAACAAAUUAAAACUAGCGCAUAACCGAAAUAGAUUAUAGCCAGAACAAUGCUAUGAG